AUGUCAGUGGCCAGGCCUGUGCUGCACACGCCCGUGGAGGAGCGCUGUCCCCACUUCCCAGGUGCAGGCAGGAGCGGUGGAGGGUGCCUGGAUGUGGGGCGCCCCGACCCACGCUGCCCCGCCUGGCAGGAUGGACCCCUUCGCGACACGCUGCAGCGGCUGCGGGAGGCCUUCGGCUCGGGGUGCGCGCGGCUGGCCGAGUUCCGGGCUGCCCAGCUGAAGGGCCUGAGCCGCUUCCUGCAAGAGAAGGAGCUUCUGCAGGAGGCGCUGGCGCAGGACCUGCCCCAGUUGGCCUUUGGCGGGGACAUUUCGGAGCUCAUCCUCUGCCAGAACGAGGUCGACCUGGCUCUCAAGAACCUGCACACCUGGAUGAAGGACGAGCCAGUGGCCAAGAACACGCUCACGCAGCUGGACCCGGCCUUCAUCCGGAAGGAGCCCUUGGCGGUGCUCAUCACCGCCCCCUGGAACUACCCCCUGGUGCCCCUGGUGGGCGCCCUCGCGGCAGGGAACUGCGCGCUGCUGAAGGCCUCGGAGAUCAGCAAGAGCACUGAGGAGGUCCCGGCCGAGGUGCUGCCCCGAUACCUGGACCAGAGCUGCUUUGCCGUGGUGCUGGGCGGGCCCGAGGAGACAGGGCAGCUGCUGGAGCACAAGUUCGACUACAUCCUCUUCACGAGGGGCCCCCGAGUCGGCAAGAUCGUCAUGGCUGCAGCCGCCAUGCACCUGACAACCGUCACGCUGGAGCUGGGGGGCAAGAACCCCUGCUACGUGGACGACAACUGCGACCCCCAGACCGUGGCCAACCGCGUGGCCUUCUUCCGUUAUUUCAACUCCGGCCAGACCUGCGUGGCCCCCGACUAUAUCCUGUGCAGCCCCGAAAUGCAGGCUCGACUGCUGCCUGCCCUGCAGAGUGCCAUCACCCGUUUCUAUGGCGAAGACCCCCAGAGCUCCCCAGACCUGGGCCGCAUCAUCAGUGAGAAGAAUUUCCAGCGGCUCCGGGGCCUGCUGAGCUGUGGCCGAGUGGCCAUCGGGGGCCAGAGUGAUGAAAGCGAUCGCUACAUCGCUCCCACGGUGCUGGUGGACGUGCAGGAGACGGAGCCGGUGAUGCGGGAGGAGAUCUUCGGGCCCAUCCUGCCCAUCGUGAAUGUGAGGAGCUUGGACGAGGCCAUCGACUUCAUCAACCGUCGGGAGAAGCCCCUGGCCCUGUACACCUUCUCCAACAGCAACCAGGUAGUGAACCAGAUGCUGCACCGGAUCAGCAGCGGCCCCUUUGGAGGCAAGGAGGGCUUCAUCUACCUGACUCUGCCGUCCCUGCCACUAGGGGGAGUCGAACCCUACCCGUCCCUGCAGUAG